AGCUUGGGAUAGUCGCGAUUCGCGUGUGCCACCCGUGAGAGCGCGCGCGCGCGCGCCGGACACGAUACAACAUCAAAGAGCAAGCAAACGUGCCGUCGAUGACUCACUCCGAUCUCCGUGGUUUGCCGCCCGAGUCGAGCAGCGAGUCGGGGCUUUCGCGAUCGCGCUGAGCCGCCCGACGACCCGAGGCGGCCGAGUGCGCGUGUGCGCGACUGGACUUUAUUUCGGGGAGCCAAGGGAGGAGCACGACGACGGAGGCAGCAGCGCUCGAUUGAUGGCUCAACGGCGGAUCUGGUGCCCCAGCUGUUGGGCAUGUUCGACGAGCUGGCUAAGCGUCCGGCGGCAUCCGCGACAGCAACUGCGUGCAGUCAACAGCAGCCGCAGCAGCAGCAGCAGCAGCAGCAGAAGCACAAGCAUCUGAGUUUCGCACAGAGGCGCGAAUCGCGCGCGGCCUCGGUCGUCCUAGACAUGUCGCCGGCGCCGGAGGAUCACAGGUCGACCACGACCAUAGAUCUCGACGACAAGUCCAGUCCCAGACUAUCACGCGGAAACUGCAGUCGCGAUGGCUCGCCAACGCAGUUCAGAUACGGCGCGCAACGUCGCCAUCAGCAGCAAAACGGCAGCAGGCCGGUGUCGGGCAGCUCGCUCGGCUCGUCGAGCUCAUCGAGCGGCUGCAGCCUGAGCAACCUCCACCAGCACCAUCAUCGCCAUCGUCAUCCGAGCAGCCACGGCAGUUGUCCAGCCGCUUGCAAUCCUUAUUUGGCCUCGGUCGAAUCGCUCGCCGAUACUUGCGCCAGUUCUCAAGGCUCGGGUGACAGUGGAGUAGUGACGAUCUCGGAGUCGAGCGGCAACGGCGUCGACACGAUCGGCAGCAAACGCGAGAAGCUGAAGAUACGCCUGUCGGAGGUAGAUCGCGCGACGGCGGCGCGGCCGUUCGAUCAGCGACGGCCACCUUACUGCGAUCCCCAACGGACACCCGUCGAGAGGGUACUAUUGGAGAUCCUGAUCACGGAGGCCGAGUACGUUGACAAUCUGCGCCAAGUCAUUCAGGGCUAUCUGAUCAUCUGGAGAAACGAUCCUACCUCACUGAUCGGCGAACACGAGCUCAAUGGCUUGUUCAGCAAUAUCGAGGACAUCUACGAGUUCAAUAGUAAUUUUCUCUCGGCGUUGGACGCAAGUGGACUGGAUCCGGUCGCAGUGGCGAACAAUUUCGUAGAGCACAACGCCGGUUUCAAGGUCUACACCGAGUACUGCACAAAUUAUCCGCGGACGUGCUCGCUGUUGACCGAACUGAACAACCAGGAGGAGAUCGCGCGAGCUUUCAGCGAGAGGCAAUUGGCGCUGGCGCACGGCUUGCCCUUGGGGUCGUUCCUCUUGAAACCGGUGCAACGUAUUCUCAAGUAUCACCUGUUGCUCGAGAGAUUGUCAAAGCAAUUCGAAGUCGGCGAGACGCGCGAGGCAAUCGAGGAGGCGCUAAAAGCGAUGACCGGGAUAGCCGAGCACAUCAACGCGAUGAAACGUAAGCACGAGCACGCGGUGCGAGUACAGGAGAUCCAAUCGCUGCUGUUGGGUUGGCCGGGGCCAGAUCUCACGACUGGCGGCGAACUCGUAGCCGAGGGUAGCUUUCGUAUGCGAGGUGCCAAAGCCCCGCGGCAUGCUUUCCUCUUUGACAAGAUGUUGCUGUUGACUAAGAAACGAGAGGACGGCUUGCUCGUCUACAAGGCUCACAUUUUGUGUUCAAACCUAACGUUAAUGGAGAGCAUUCCCGGCGAUCCGUUGAGCUUCCACGUGAUACCGUUCGACAACUCUCAGCUGCAGUACAAACUUCAGGCUCGGAAUCUGGAGCAGAAACGCGAGUGGACGCUGCAAAUCAAAAGAGUUAUCCUGGAGAAUUACAACGCGGCGAUACCCGCCCACGCGCGACAACUCGUAUUGCAAAUCGGUCAGAAUAAGUACGAAGAUGACUUGACGUCAGAGCGUAGUAGCAAGAAGGCAGACCGUGAGAGGCGGAGAUCGGAAAUCAGCAUUAGGCAAAAAUUGAAGAAAGGCAGAAAGAGCGAUGUGUCUAUUAGUACAGCUGACAAUUCGCCAAUGUGCUCCCGCAAAAACCAGUCGGCAGAGUCAAUCAGACAUUAUGGUUCCAGGAAUGACAACCUAAAUCGGAGCUCCGAAAUUCGUGGGUCAAAGAUUAAGAAUCAUUUCACGAGUUGGCGAAGGAAAUCCGAACCAGGUUUCCAGUCCUACAUUAACCUGAAUCCAUCGGACAACGAAGACGAGACGUCGGAAACGCCGACGACUCUGACUCAAGAGACUGUAAGCAGCAAAGACAUUGAUGAGCUUGAUGAACAAACCAAAGAGAACAGCACCGAGCAAGUGAGCACGGAACAGCAAAGCGUCAAGGAGAUCGUUGGUAAUAUACUGAUGCAAAGCGAGGAGUUUCAGCGAAGGAUUGAGAAGCAACAGACCUAUCAGAAAAAUGUUAGCAGUUUGCACAGCAAUAUUGCCAAACACGCUUAUCAGAGGUGUAACAAGAGCGACACUUCCGAAGAGGAGGAUACGGAUAACGAAGACAAGCCGGAUAAUAACAGAACGAGAUCGCGAUUCUCGAGGAGGGAUCAGUGUUUUGUACGAGCGGUCAAUGCUUACAAUCAACGAAGCUUCAGAUCACAGUAUGAUAGCUUUCGAAACGUUGAUGCGGAAGAGCCAUUGAUGAUUCAUCGGCAAAACUCUGCUCCAACGAAGACGUUGACGACGAAGAGUCCCAAUCAUGAGAAACGCUCGCCACCAGACACUUUUAAAAAGCCAAAUUUUGGAGCCGGAAGUAAAAUUAUUCGCACGGCAUUGCGUAUUCGCGAAGAUUGUGACUCGGCUUCCGAUCAAGAGGAAGCCAUUUACGAGGCGCCAAUUAUAAAUAAAAAGAACGAAGAUCCCGGCGGCGAUAAAAGUAGCCUGUGCGCUUAUGACAAUCUGCAGAAUUCGUGGCAUGAUUGCCUCGAACCAGAUGAGCAUCAAGACUGCCCAACUAAAGCUGCCGUCUGGCUGACCAAACUCUGCGAGGGUUUACCUAAUCAACCACAAAAGUCUGGUUCUUUACCGCGCAGCUUUCAGAUGAUGAAUCCAGCUGACUUGAGUCAUGUCUCGAAAUCGCGUUUUCUUCAGCGAGAUGGCAAAUCCAUGAGCGAGCGCCCGUUUACAAUCGCUUCCGACAAGCCUGCUGAAAUUAAUCUGGAAGAUAUGGAGAGAUAUGCAUCUACGUGUCAAGGUUCAGCAAGAAUAGCCAAAUUUCCAACAACUGGAUCAUCAUCGACGUUCUUCUGUUCACUCGACGAUGCCUCCUUUACCGAUGCGGAUUCCGUAUCGUCCAGGACAGCCACACUGUCUACCAGCACUUACGUGCAUCCGGAUCACAAGAUUUACAGGGCUAAUGGAUCGGUUAAUAAAGAAUCUAACAAUGAUGGAACAACAACAACGAUGACGAUAACAACAGGUUCGAGUCUUCGAAAUGUUUUCUCAAGAGCCAGUAGUCGCAUACAGAGCUUGCGAUCAAGUCAAAGUACUGAGACUUUGGACUGCAGCGAAGAGUUCGAGCGCAGCCGUUACUUCCGUUCGUUCAGCAAACGCAACAAGCACAAGAACUCCAUUAAAUCGUCAUCGCGUGACGUUUCCGAUGCUGAAGAUGCUGUGGCAAGUAUUGUCGCGACAGGCAAUAAUGGCGUGAGAGUUCACCUCGAGGUGCCAUACCACCGUCAAGGUAGUCCUAGCUUAGGUGCACGAAUAGCACAAUCUGACUAUGCCGAUCCCAGCGUCCUCUUCUCGGAGAAUCGAAAAACUUUACUGAAAGCCGAGAGUAGCUGCCCGAUGUAUAGUCAACAUGAACGGGAAAAGGUGGUCGAAAACGAGCUGGAUAGUUUUUAUGAAAAGAGUUUCGAGACCAUUGAGAAUUACGCGGAGACGGAGGAAGCUUUUCGAGAUAGUGCAAUAUUCAGCGACGGCGAUUCCGCUGCCGAAGCUGCUCCAACCAAGAAGGUUCCACCUCCCAUUCCUAUGAAGAAGAAAAUCCGCAAACCUGUUGUUACGCAGAAACCUGCGCAUCUCAAAUUGCGCGCUAGAAUCGCUAGAGUAUCACCUACCAAGGAGAAGCCAACAGAGGAUGAUGUAUCGGCAGGUCAAAGUCAAAUCGGCUGGGUAAAAAAGAUGGUCGGCCAGUUACAGGCACAAGUUGAUGUGUGAAAACUUCCACCUGUGACUGUGAUUGGGAAGUUUCUAGGCGCGACUCCAGUGCGAGUCACGAAUUUUUUUUUUUUUUUCGUUGUAGUUUUAUUAGGUCUUAUAGAUUGAAUGGGCGUACAGAAAUGAAGAAUUUAAAUUAUUUAAUGACUCGAUUAUUUUUUUUUUUUUUUUUUUUCACUCUUUUUGUAAAGUAAUUUGUGAUAAAAAAAAAUUGUUUCGUUUGAUUUUUUUUAACUUCAAUAACGAUGAUCUCAAAGAUUUCAUGCUAAAUUUAUCAUUCAACUGUUCUUUCCAUAUAAAGAGUUUUGAAAUGAAGGUUGUACAGCUGAGAUACUAUUAUACGAGUAAGAUAGCACUUUUGCAAAACUACGAUUGUUCCGUCGAUAAUAAAAAAAUAGCUAUUACUGCCAAAAUUUGAAUAAUGCAAACUACUCUUAAUGUCAAUUUCAUUGAUAAAUUGUAUAGAUAUCUACUUAAUAUGCAAAUUUAUUGAAGAGAAAACGUUUUCAAAUAACUGAGUAUACAUAUCUUUAGAUCGCGUUGAAUUGAUGUGUUUGUUAUAGCAUAAUGACUAUUUAAAAGGGAUGUUCAACUCUGUAUUGUAUAGAAGGAAUUUACGAGCCAAAAUUUGUUAAUUAAUACAUAGAAAAAUUUGUACUCACAAACUCGCGAUAAGGCUGACAUUUCUUGCUAUUAUUAGAUUAUCAUUUAUACAAUGGUGCAAAAAAACCUCGAUGCGUUCAUGCUGAUGCGAUUUAAAUUAUUACAAUGCUGGAAUUGAAGAGAAAUGACGGGACAAGUUGGCCAUAAUGUCGUGCGAUAAAUAAACUUUAUGCAUUUUUUACUACUAUAGCUUUAGUCUCAUUGCAAAUAAUUUUUCGAGUCUUUUUAAAUCUACUGUUAAAAACUGUGUUAUAGUCUAAACUUGCAUAAGGCAAAGUACAAGUAUUUUAUAAUUAUCAAGCGUUACAGAGUAGUAUGAAAAUAAUGAGAAGGAUUUUCUGACAUCGAUGAAAAACCAGUUUAAGAUUGAACUGAAUUUCGCGGACACAGAUCUCCAUCCAUUUUCAACUAAUUUUUAUGGAUUUUCGUAGGUUUAUUGUACAUUUUUAAUCGAAUUUACAGUGAAAAUGCUCGUAUCGAGUUAAAGAUAAUAAUAAAUGUACUUUUACUGAUAAAUUACUUUUUUUCCAUAUUUAUUUAAUAUCCUACAUAUCUUUUUCUAAUUAAACAACAUAUCAGAAAAUAAGAGAACAAGUAAAAUGAAGAUAAUUUUUAGAAACAAGUUUUAUUACGAGAAGUUUCUCUAUGUACAGAAACAUUGGCUAGUCGCUGUUACACAUGUAAGCAAAAUUAUGCUAAUCCAUAAUAUCGCGACAAUUUUCAAUAAUACAAGAAUAUCAUGCAUAAUAAUCACGAUAAUAAAUAGAUUCAAUACUGUCCUAUAAUUGAAUAAAUUCCUAUAUUUUUUUCCGUUUUGAGUAAAAGAAGACAAGUUAAAAUAAUUAAUUAAUUAAUUGUAAUAAUAAUAGUGACGAAAAACAAGGGUAAAGUAAAAACAGGCGAAACAGCCGAAGACCCGAAAGCAGUGACGCUUCGUUAUACACAUUAUGUACAACUGUGCUGGCAAUAAUUGCUUGCCAUCCAUUAAAACACUUCUCAUAACAUGAUUUCUCUUUCUCUCCUAAAUCUAAGUACUUUGCUAAUCUCGACUUUCUAUAUUUUCAAUUCGCUCUCUUGACUUCCAGUUUUCUUGCAACAGUCGAAUUGUGUUACGCGACUCGAGUUGCACGUUUACGAAGAAUAGAACACAUCUCUUUAGCUACCUCCGCUCGGAUGUUCGCCAAAUUCAUAAAUCACAUUCAACCAUUAUUUUCUGUCUCAUUUGUGUAAUUAUAUAUAUCUUUUUAGUAGAUUUUCCCAUCAAAAUUAUGUUAUCAAAAUAUAGUUGGAGAUAACUUUGAUUCUAAAAUUUAAAGAUUGUCAAAGUGUAACACAAUUAAUUUUAAAGCAAUUUUUACAUGAUUAAGAAUUGUUAAUUAAAGAACCUCAUCUUUGUGUUAAAUUCUAAAAUUAUUCUUGGAAUUGAAAUUCAACUCUAUCCGAGCGUCUAAAUAUAUAAUUUUCUCUUUUUUGCUCUACGACUUUACUUCUUGUAGAACUUGAAAAAACAGCUUAAAGCUCAAUCGUCUCCAUAGAAGAAAGAUAAAACUUAGCAUCCAUUAGAAUUCGUAAAAGGUUUAAAAUUAUUCUACAGAGACGAAAAUUUAUUUUUAUGAUCGUUGAUUCCCAAGUUCACUAGGGCACUUGACUUAUUGCCCGAAUAAUAAAAUAUCAUUUGGUAUGAUUGUGCGGAGACAUAGCCGUAUUGGUUUUGUUUCUCUUUUGUGGUCGAUGCUGACAGGUACUUUUUUAUCGCUGUGCUACUGUUUUCUACUUUAUCUAUAGGAUAUCUAUCGUCUAAAAUUUUUAUUUCCUUGUUAUCAAUCGUUUUACCUGCAUAUAUCGUUUUUUUUAAAUCACUUUUAUAUACAUUCUAUUCGAAUCUAUAAUAGACUCUUUUAACUGUUGAGUUUAUUUUGAAUUACCAAAGUCCCAUAGACUUUAAUUUCGCAAUGAAACUUUUCUUAAUAAUUGCUUCAGUUGCUUUGUUGAUUUUUGUUUACUAUGAUAAUUUAUCAUUUUUUAUAAUAUUUUUAUUAAUAUGGCAUUAUGUUUUUGAAAGAGACUAUAUUGAACGUUAUAUUAUUGUCGGAUGUUUGUGCCGCAAAAAUUCACUGCGAAAUUAAAGAUGCAAUAAUCACACAAACCACAAUACAAAUGGUUGCACUCUUGUCGAUAUGUCGGCGCUCUAUGCCCUUUUACGAAUUUCCAUCUACGUAAAGAGGGAGGAAGACAAAUGACUGACAAAACUUUCAUGCUGUGCCCUCGAAACAAAAAUUAAAUUCGUUCUAAUAUGUAUUUUCCACGGACUUUUUUUAUUAUCCGAUCAUACCAAUCAAACGAAUAGUCCUACCAGCUUCGGCGCUUCGUCGCAAGAAUUAAUCAAAAGUAUAUGAUACCCGAGGAAUGCAAAAGCUUUGAUCUAGCUCAAAAGCUAGAUUUGGAGUAUUUUCUUCUUUUUGUUUUUGCUGGGCGAUUUUCGUAGCAUCUACAUAACCGCAAUUAAUACUUACAAGUUGCUGCAUCAACGCAGUGAAGAACGAAA